UCUCUUUCUCUCUCCCACUCUCUCUCUCUAGUUCCUUGUUAACAAUGCUUUCAUAAUUAAUUACCUCCUCUUCCUCAACUCUUCCCUCCCUCUAUGGCUCCCGAACAACCUCUCCUCAUCUCCUCCCCGCGCUCUUCUGAUCAGCCCUACGACUUCUCCACCAUAAACGUAACAGCUCCCGCCACCGAGCCCCCUCCCACCUUCUCUUCCUCUUCCUCCUCCCUGCACAACCCCAGCCGUCUACUCCCCACCACCGAAAACCAAUCAAAACCUCAUCUUCCACCUCUUCCCCGUCGAUACAGCUCGCGCCGCUCCUUCAAUUCCUCCCAAAAACUAUCCGAACUCAACGAAUCAAACGCCCGCUUCGUUUACAUCAACGACCCAACACGCAGCAAUUCCCCUCACCAACACCCCUCUAACUCAAUCCACACCACUAAAUACUCACCCCUCACCUUCCUCCCCAAAAACCUCUUCGAACAAUUCCACCGCAUAGCCUACAUCUACUUCUUCAUCCUCAUCUGCAUCAACCAAAUCCCCCAACUUGGCGUCCUCAGCCCUGCCGCCUCCAUCCUUCCCCUCGCCUUUGUCCUCUCCGUCACCGCCCUCAAAGACGCUUAUGAAGACUACCGCCGCCGCCUCUCCGACCGCUCCGAAAACUCGCGCCUUGCUUCUAUCUUCUCUCCCACUUCCUCCUCCUUCGAAUACAAACCGUGGAACCAAAUCCGCGUCGGCGAGCUCGUACGCGUCGCAGACGGAGACCCCCACAUUCCCUGCGACCUCGUCCUCCUCUGCACCAGCGAUCCCACGGGGGUCGCCUACGUCCAGACCAUUAAUCUCGACGGCGAGUCAAAUCUCAAGACCCGUUACGCCAAGCAAGAGACUCUAGAUAAGCCGCCGGAGACCCUCUCUGGCUCAGUAAUCUGCUGCGAGAAGCCCAACCGCAACAUCUACGGCUUCCACGCCAACCUCAACGACUCCAUUUCUCUCGGCCCCUCCAACGUUGUUCUCCGUGGCUGCGAGUUAAAGAACACAGCUUGGGUCGUUGGCGUCGCUGUCUACACCGGAAAGGAGACCAAAGUUAUGUUAAACAGUUCCAGUGCGCCAUCAAAGCGGAGUAGACUUGAGACGCAUAUGAACAGGGAAACCGUUCUUCUUGCCGUCGGACUGUUCGCGCUUUGCGCAAUCACGACGGUGCUCGGUGGCGCAUGGCUCGGGAGGCAUAAGGGGGAGCUUGAUGUGCUGCCGUAUUAUAGAAAGAGGGAUUUUUCAGGGAAAUACGUGGGGAAGUACGAGUAUUAUGGGAUCGGGUGGGAGAUAGUGUUUACCUUUUUUAUGGCGGUGAUUCUGUUUCAGGUUUUGAUUCCGAUUGCUCUAUACAUUUCGAUGGAGUUGGUGAGAUUGGGGCAGGCGUUUUUUAUGAUACAGGAUGAUAAUAUGUUCGAUAAGGAGAGAGGGAAGAGGUUUCAGUGUCGGGCUCUGAAUAUAAAUGAGGAUUUGGGGCAGAUUAGGUAUGUUUUUUCGGACAAAACAGGGACUUUGACGGAGAACAAGAUGGAUUUCCGUUGUGCUAGCGUCGGAGGAAGGGACUACAGCGGCGGCGCCGGCGUCGGCGAAGAAGAAGAAGAAGGAGAUGGCGUCUCUGUUAUUGUGGAGGGGAAGCUGUGCAAGCCAAAGAUGAAGGUGAAGACUGAUCCUAAGCUAGUCGAUGUGUUGAGGAACGGGAAAGGGACAGAGGAGGGAGAUAGAGCUCAAAAAUUCUUCUUGGCUUUGGCCACAUGCAAUACCAUUGUGCCCAUUUUUGCAGAGACGAGUGAUACAACAGAGAAGCUAAUAGACUACCAGGGCGAGUCGCCGGACGAGCAGGCGCUACUCUACGCAGCCGCUGCAUACGGGUUCGUGCUGGUUGAGCGCACCUCCGGCCACAUUGUCGUCGACGUCUCCGGCCAAAGACAAAGGGGGGAGAAGCGAAGAGAGAAGUUGGAAGAGAAGGAAGAAAGCUCCAGCCACCUAGCUCCUCCUCAACCACCGCCGGGAUCUGCUGCACCACCGCCGGACCACCAAGGGACGUCGAGGUUCUGCUGCAUCACCGUCGGAGUUCUUCCGCACCACCGCUGGACCACCAAGGGACGUAAAGGUUCUGCCGCACCACCGUCGGAAUUCUACCGCACCACCGUCAAACCACCAAGGGAUGUUGGGAUUUUGCCGCACCAUCGCCGGACCACCAACGAAUGCCGGGGUUCUGACGCACCACCGUCGAACCACCAAGGGACGUCGGAGUUGUAUCAAACCACCAUCAGACCAUUAAAGGACAUUAAAGUGCUACCCGAAGCUGGAGUACCCCCUGACUCUGAAGUGUCAUUGCCGGACCACCGCCUGACACCAAAGUGCUGCUGGACCACCACCUGA